UCCUGGGCGAUGGCUUUUAAAAAGCCUGAGCGCUCUAUUCCUAAUGCAUUGUGUGGCACAUCAGCUACGGAAGGUGCAGGAAACAUGAGCCGCAAAGUUGUGAGGUCCAGCAAGUUCCGGCAUGUCUACGGGCAACCGGUGAAGGCUGACCAAUGCUAUGAUGACAUCCGUGUUUCUCAAAUGACCUGGGAUGGGAACUUUUGCUCUGUCAACCCCCAAUUCCUAGCCAUCGUCGUGGAGGCCAGUGGUGGAGGAGCCUUCCUGGUCCUGCCAUUGUCCAAGACUGGUCGCCUGGAUAAGGCCCACCCUGUGGUCUCAGGGCAUACAGCGCCUGUGUUAGAUGUAGAGUGGUGUCCCCACAAUGACCAUAUUAUUGCCAGCGCAUCCGAGGACUGCAGUGUUAUGGUCUGGUCAGUGCCUGAAGGUGGCCUUACAAGAUCUUUGAAUGAACCUCUGGUGACUCUCGAAGGCCACUCUAAGAGGGUGGGGAUUGUGACAUGGCACCCAACAGCCCAGAACCUUCUGCUGAGUGCAGGCUGCGACAAUGUGGUGAAAGUCUGGGACGUGAGUGUUGGACAAGCGGCCAUUUCCUUGGAUGAGUUGCACCCGGAUGUCAUCUACAGUGCAGCUUGGAACCAGGACGGCUCUUUGCUCUGCACAGCCUGCCGGGAUAAGCACGUGCGGCUUUUCGACCCCCGGGCAGGGGGCAACGCUGCAAAUGAAUUGCCCCGUGCCCACGAGGGGUCUCGCCCUGUUCGGGCCACGACUGUGAAGGAUGGGAAGCUUUUUACAACAGGUUUCAGCCGCAUGAGUGAGCGACAGGUGGCCCUGUGGGAUCUGAGAAAUCCUGAGGAACCAUUGACACUUCAGGAACUAGAUACAAGCAGUGGUGUUCUCUUGCCUUACUAUGACCCAGACACCAACGUGGUUUACCUGACUGGCAAGGGUGACAGCAGUAUCCGGUACUUCGAGCUGACUGGCGAAGCGCCCUACGUGCACUAUUUAUCCAUGUUUACUUCCAAGGAGUCACAGCGAGGAGGGGGAUGGAUGCCCAAACGAGGGCUGGAUGUCAGCAAGUGCGAAAUUGCCAGAUUUUACAAGCUACACGAGAGGAAAUGUGAGCCCAUUGCUAUGACGGUGCCCCGGAAGUCAGACCUGUUCCAAGAGGACCUGUAUCCUGACACAGCUGGUCCAGAUCCUGCCUUGACCUCAGAGGAGUGGCUAGCAGGCAAGAACGCAAGCCCAAUCCUCAUUUCCCUCAAGGAUGGCUACAUUCCCCAGAAGAGCCGAGAGUUCAAAGUCAACCAGACUCUCCUGCAGGGGCCCAAAAGAAGUCAACUUCCACACGAAAGGACACAGCAAGGGGGCCCAACUUUAGAACAGUUCUCAGAGGACCUGAAACGACUGCAAAUUUCUGUGUCGGAACAGGAGCGACGCAUCUUGGAGCUGGAAAGGAUUGUGAAGGAAUAGUUUCUCCCUCUCUGCCUGGUCUGGUACUUCAUGAGCCAGAAUCAGAGGUGGUAUUCAGCCGGUUCGGACCGGUUUGGCUGAACCGGUAGCAGAAAUUUUAACUGGUUUGUCGACCCGGCAAAUACCACAUCUGGUUGGCCCCACCCCCACCCGUCUGGUCACCGGUCGCCCUGCCCGCCUGCCCACCCACUGCUUGCCCCGCCUGCCCCCUCACCCCACCCGCUUGCCACUCACCCCAUCCAGUCACUCCUGUGUGUGGGUCCUCGCUUGCGCAUGCGCAGUCUCUGCUCUAAGUUGCCUGCCUAAGCUGCUUCCCACGUGGUGCGUGCCUGCUGUGUCCCAACUGAGUGGUCCUGAUCUGCCUCCUCCUGCCUACAGGUAAGCCUGCGAGUCGCCGUAGCCCUCCUGUCCCCGGAGCUUGUCACACCCCUCUGUCCCCAGGCUUCCCCGAAGCCUCUGCCUGCUCGCUUUGCCCGGGUAAUGCGCCAUUCCCUGCCUCUGGCCUUGCUGCAGAGAUUAUGCCUGCUCACCACUCACCUUGGCCGGGUCAGGGAACGCCUCAUUCCCUGGCUCCAGCGUUGCCCUGGGUCUCUGCCCACAGGCUGCCCGCAUGCCCUCCGCUUUGCUCAUCUUCCGUUCUGAAGGACCACCUCCAGAAGCCUCCAGCUGCCAGUAGUUUUCGGCUGUCUUCUGAGCUGUUCUGCUGCGACGCCAUCUGUCUGGCAUAGCAGGCUGUUCUCCUGGCAGGGUCUGGCUGUAAGUGGCACUGGCAGGCAAUGGGGUGCAUGUGCAUGGCCAGCGCGAAGAACAGGGCGGUGAUGGUGGGGCUUCAUUUCACGCCUUUUUUUUUUUUUGGCCAGUAGUUUUUGGCACAAAAAGCCUGCAGCUGCUGCUGUCAGCUCAGUUCCAGCUGGCAAAGAGACAGCGGCUGGAGGCUUCUUGUGCCACAAACUACAGGCCGAAAAAAAGGCCUGAAGGCCAUCACUGCCGUCGCUGCCCUGUUCUUUGCGUCAGCUGCGCAUGUGCACCGCAUUGUCUGCCGUUGCCUCUCAUGGCCAGACCAGGCAGAGAACGGCCUGCUGUGCUGGAGGGACGGUGCUGCAGCGGAGCCGCUUGGAAGUCAGCCGCCGCAGUCUGUUAAGGUACUUCAAGAUGGAGGGAUGGGGGGACUAUAAAGGGACAGGCUGCAGGAGCUGCCUUCCGAGCAGCUCUGCUGCGAAGGGAGGCAGAAAAGUUUGGCCAAGUCUUCUCCUCCUUCUCGGGCAUACACACAGAGCGUACACACAUCUCGUAGCGCAGUCCCUGCAAGUCCCUCCAGUGCCGUGAUAUAUGUGGCUGUUUGCCUUGUGUGUAUGAGGCCGAGGAGAGAAGCAGCCAGACUGAAUGCUCAGCAGAAGUCAGGUUGAACGCUAGGAGACUUGGCCGAACUUUUCUGUGGCUGUGGCUUGGUGGUGGUGGUGGUCAUGUGACUGAGUGGGCAUGGCCAACAAUGUCACUCACAGCAAGAUGCCGCCCCAUGAACCCCCACCAAGCCACGCCCACAGAACUGGUAGUGAAAAAAAUUGAAUACCACCACUGGUCACAAUGGACUUUUUUUCACUGGCCUUUUAAAGUCCCUUUAAUAUAUUUUUUUUAAUGGGUGGAUCCUCAGGGCAUUAUUAAGAUUCAUCCACCCUAAUCUCAGGGCAGAAACUCAGUUUGUCUAUUCCAGAGCCCUUUUUCUGAGUUAACAGAUUCCACCUGCAAAUAUACGAAAUAUACAUCUUUGCUUAGCCUUGGUGAAGGCAUUCAGGAUGAUAGCUCAUCUAUUUACAACCUGUAGGCUUGUAUCAACCAGGCCUUCAAUUCUGGAUCUUUGCUUUCUGGUUCCUGCUCUGCUUUUCUCCUUAGAAAACAAAUUGUCUUCCUUUGGAUUUUUUUAAAAAAAUGCUGCAUAUCCCCUUACUUAAUAUUUUGCUUUUGAGGGCAUGGUUGGGGGUGGUUCUCUUGUUUUAAUAGGGCUAAAAUAUUUAACUGAUUGAUUAAGCAUUUGGAUCGACAGGUAUGCAUUUUAAUUGGUUGGUCAGUCACUAAGGUGUGAAAAAUGGUCAUGUCACCUUUUAGCAAAUUGACCUGCAAAGAAUUUAACACAAUCUAAUCCAGCAUUUUGUUCAUGCCAAAUGGAAAGAAAGGAAGGAAGCAGUUCUCCUCCCCAUGCCUGAUACUGAAAGGCUCCCUAAGCCUAACAGAGCUAUUAAAAUCCUGUCCCAUUUGAUUACUUUGUCUUCCAUGGAAUGGUCUACCCAUCUUCAGAUCUCUUUCUUUUUUCACCCAUGCAUUCGCCAAUGAUUUCUGGCCAAUCCUUUAAAUGUAAUCGAAUUAAUUAACUAAUUAACCCAGGACCCUAUUAAUCUAGAUCACCCUUCUCUUGAUUAAGUAUGGGGGGCCAAUUUGAAUAGUUGAUCAAUGGUCAGUAGUGGCUUUUUCCCCUCUAAAAUGAAAUAAGAGUUAGGAGCAGAGUUUUCAUCUCCCACAAAACUUUUUAACAUUGGGAGGAUUUUUUCCAGGUAACCAUGGUUUAUUAAAAAACGUAAAGCUUUGGUGACUGUAGCUCACUUUGUAAGAUGUAUAGAUUGUUAGACUGAUUUAAAUUGGAGGGAGAUAGAGGAAGAAGGGUAGAAAAAUCAUGUUGGUUAUGCAGAUACAGGUGAUAAUGAGAGGCUACAAGUACCCUAUCAGUUGACAAUUCUAAUGUUAAAAAUCUAUUGCUGAGACCUGAGAUUGCCUGAAUGCUUUAGAAUUUCUCAUUAAAUAGUGCUGAUAAAAAUCCUGGUAUUUUUUGUUUUAAAUAUAUUUUGAGAUCUCUCAUGGUGUCUUGACAGGCCAAAUCCUUGAUAUUACUUUGUCCUUAUUUUGAGUUCUGAUGUUAGUGCCUAUUAAGCUUAUGCCUGUUAAUAAAAUUUAUUGGUUGGAAAACCUGUUA